GUGUCUUUGAGAGGCCAGCUGCUCUUGUCACCUUAGCAAGGCACACAGCUCAUGGGCACCCCGUGGCUUCAGAGCUACCAAGGAUGAGCAAGAUCUGCUGCCCUGCCUGGGGAUAGAGGAAUCCAUCCAUCCAUCCUGAGGGCGAGUGCUUCCUCUCCCUCUAGUGCCAUGCCUCAUGCCAUGCCUGCUGUCCUGCCCCAGCCUAGCACCUGUGCCAGGCCCUUCUCUGUGCUCACAUGUGCCCCUUGAGCGCAUGUCCAGGUGCUGAGGCUGCCAGGGAAGGGCAACUCCCAGCUGUGUUACCCUGUUGCCCCAUGAGCAUCCAUGUGCCAGUGGAGAUGAUUUGCGGCAGACCUGCCUGUGGCUCUGUCCCUUGAGCCCCAGGGACCUGAGCUGUUCCUGUGGAAGGAUCAGGCCUGGUGCAGUGGGUGACCAUUCUGGGGAGCACAGGGCUCAGGAACCCCGAUCUCCCCUUCCUAAGCCCCCGCCGGCUGCUAGGACCCAGCAGCUGUCCCCGUGGGACUGCCACGGGUGCAGGCAGUGCAGGCAGCGCUGGGAGUGACAGCUGGUGCCAUCCGCAGCUGGCAGGCUGCAGGCAAACAGGAUGACGAGCGGGUGACGGGAGCGGGGAAGGGGGAGCGUGGCCUCACACAGGGCCGGCAGCCCCACUUCUGCUGCGGGAGCAACACCAGCAAGCAGGACCCCAGUGAGGAGAGGAGCAUCACCCAUCUCUCCAGGAGCAAAGGUGCGCUGAAUCCCACCCACCUGGGGUUCCCCUGUGGCCAGAGCAAGAGGGUUGGGACAGGCAAGUUGUACUGUCUUUCCUCAGGACAUACUGGUGCCAGUGGAGAGGGGGGAUGGGGUGCCAGCCUGGCAUGGGUGCCACAGGACCAAGCAAUGCUAUCCCUGGCUAGGUUGGGGACAGCCUGGGUGCCUGCUCUGGGACAGCCAAGUGGCUAUGGCUUCACUGUCUAGCACUCCCUCCUCCAGCACCCUGGAAGUGUGCUGGUUGUCUCUGCGUUGCUCUGUGGCUCUUCCUCAUUUUGCUUCUUUCCCUUCACACCCAGCUCCUGAUCCCAACAGACAAGGAGAAGGUAGCAGCCAUGGUUGUGCUGGGGUUACCCUCUCUGGGACAAAGAAGAAGAGCCCUUGCUGCCCAGGCACCAGAGCUGCUGGCUUAGCCCUGGAGGGGGAUGGCAAGCCAGACAGGGUCAAACGCCACGGACAGCCUAGAGCUGCUCUCCCUCCCCAGGCACUCCACUGCCCAGGAGAUCUUGGGCCUCUUCUGCAUGAUCCUGCUCACCUUUACUGCCCUGGUGGCCAACAUCGUGGUUAUGGUCAUCAUCCUUAAAACACCCCUUUUCAGGAAGUUCAUCUUUGUCUGCCACCUCUGUGCAGUCAAUCUUCUCUCAGCCAUUUUCCUCAUGCCUCUGGGGAUCAUCUCCAGCUCCUCCUGUUUCAACUGGGUGAUCUACAGCAUUGCUGAGUGCAAGGCCGUGAUAUUCCUGAAUAUCUGCUUCAUCAGUGCCUCCAUUCUCACAAUCUCUAUCAUCAGCGUGGAGCGGUACUACUACAUCGUCCACCCCUUGAGGUAUGAGGUCAAGAUGACCAUCAGGCUGGCGGUGGCUGGAGUGAUUUUCAUUUGGGUCAAGUCUGUUCUCAUCACUGUCUUGGCACUAGUGGCAUGGCCUCAUGGCAAUGGUGCCACCAGUGCCAGCCGCUGCACAGUCUACUGGAGCCCUGGGGCCCACAAGAAGGUUUUUGUGAUCCUCUUCAGCAUCACCUGCUUUAUUCUGCCCACCAUCAUUAUCCUCACUGUCUACUCCAGCAUCUACCGUGUGGCCCGGACUGCGUCCCUGCAGCAGGCACCUGUGCCGGCACAGGCAGUUGCACCCAGACACCGACGUGACUCCAUCGCCAGCCAAGUGACCAUCCUCACUGCCAGGAUCCUGAUGCUGCCCAGGUUGAUCCCAGAUCGCCUUCUGGGAAGCAACAAGGCCAUCCUCACCUUGGUCCUCAUUGUGGGACAGUUCUUGUGCUGCUGUCUGCCUUUCUUUGCUUUCCACUUGCAUUCCUCUGUCAUUGUUGGCACUGUGGGUGGUGGGCACGGGGAGAUGGUGGUCACCUGGAUUGCCUACUCCUCCUUUGCCAUUAAUCCUUUCUUCUACGGGCUGCUGAACCGUCAAAUCCGUGAGGAGCUGGCCCGCCUCCGGCGCAGCUGUCUUAACCGUCCCCUGGGUCAGGAGCUCUGUCUUUCCAUCUCAGAGACUUCUGUUCAGGAAAACUUCUUGCAGUUCCUCCAGAGAGCAACUUGGACACUGGAGAUGCACACCAGCUGCGUCAGUCCCAGCCCCAGGAACAGGCUGGACCACACCACAACAGGCUUCCCCACCCCAGGUCAAGUUCCUGAAGAGAGCAGCUGAGAAGAAGGCUCUGCCCCACUGUUCUGGGCAGGAGACCUGCCAGGGACCCAUCAGACCUACUAGGACCCAACCCCUUGGAUUUGGAGGAGUCCUUGUUCAGGUUUUGCCUGUUUUUUGAGCUUAUGGUGGAAGAUGGUUUCUCUGCUGGGAGAAGGUAGCAAUUCUGGGGAAGUCACAUCUCUGUUCUGCAGGAUGGAAUUUUCUCUGGCUCCACCAGCACAGCCCAGUUCCAGGGGCUGGCUCUCCUCAAGACAUGGAAGGUCAAGGGGGUCCUGCGCAGGGGCAGGGGACAGGACACCUCCAUCUCCAUUGCACCAGUGAGAGCACUCCUGGCCAGUGGGGAAGAGCAGAUGUCCCUUGCACCCUAUCCAGGAGCAAUGUUCCAGCUAAUGCCACUAACACCAGUAACAUCAGGACCCUGAGCCCCCUGCUGAGCCUGGAUGGCAGACACAGAGACCUCCAUCCCUGGCUGUUUAACCCAAAACUAAUGCCUGUGUGGAGGAGCUCCUGCUCCCUGUGACACUGAUCAGGGGGACACACCCACAGGGCUGGCUCUGGCUGUGUCACUGUUUGUCCUGCUGGCAUGGCAGCAUGCAAUGCCUGUGGCCAUGCCUGGCCAUGCCCUCUGUCCCCUCAGCUGGCAGUGAUCAUCCCCCUGGGGGGGAACUGGAAAUCUGGAGGUCCAUGUUGAGCUGUUUAUGGACACAGCUGCCCGGUUUGAAGCCCUGGUCAGCAGUGCCAUGUGCCAGUGGAUGUGGGCUGCUGGCCAAGGGCAUGCUGGGCUGGACAUGGUGAUACAGGGUGGUGGGGGGUGGCUGUGUGGGGUGACACAGGGCAGCAGCAGCCAGAGGGGACCAGGAGCUGUUGUUCCUCUUCAGUCUCAUUGCUUUUGAAGGGCUUGGGGACACUCUUAUGGGGUCCCCACUAGAAAGGGGACUGGAACCUUUUGGGGAAUGCUGCAGGGAUACAUUACCCUCAGCCCACCCACAGAAGUCCCAUGGAUGGUGUUGGCAUGGUGGGUUGGAGAUGUCCCUACUCCAGUAGUAACUGCAGGCCUGAGGGAAGACUGCCCUAUGGCCUCUCUAACUGCCCCAUGGCAGCGAGGGUCUGCAGGAAGACCCCCAGAGAGAUGGGGCUGAAGGCCAGCAUCCCCCACCCUGGACACAGGGAUGCUCUUUCAGCCACCACCCAAGUACCCAGGAGCUCGGGUCACCCCUGCUCUGGGGGAAGUCUCCACCCAGAGUGGGGAAUAUUAUUAUUAUUGUUAUUUUCUUGUAAAUUUUAUCUUUUUAUUAAACCAUUGAUAAGUUACAAA